AUGGCCUCACUUCCAAAUCUGCCAAACGAGAUCCUGAUUGCAAUCUUGGAGAGGCUAGCCAACACCGACCUCCAAUCGCUGAUCUCAUCACAGCGCACCAGCAGCCGCUUCCACGCCCUCGCCCGCGACAUCCUCUUCAACACGCAGGGGCACCACCUCAACGCACCCGCGCCGUCUUCGUUCCCGGGCUUCCUGAAGGCCCGGUUCGGGUAUAUCCUCAACACGGCCGCCUGCUUCACCGAGGCAGAGAAGAAAACACGUAUCUUCUACCUCAGUCUCAACGGCGACUCUACGCGCCCCUUUCGCCGCUUCCCCUGGGCGCGGGACCGCGAUACGCGCGCCGCGUACCUCCGCCCAGACGCUAGCUGGCGCGCCCUCAGCCCGACCUUUGGCACGGCGCCCAUCACGCACCUGGACGUCGUUAGGAGCUACGCCUGCGAUUUCGAGGGCGCUGACGUCGUGAGCUACGCGCAGGCGGACCUCCCGCCCUCGGGUCUGACGCUGGGAAUGCUGUGGGAUAUGCUGCUGUCCGACGGCGGGACGUUCGGAAGUGAUACUGGGAGUUGGGAGGUCCAGCUGGGGCGAAGGCUGAGGAGCUUCGAUACGCUGUGGGAGUUUCAGUGCUUCAUUACGGACAAUGAGGCGUUAGUGGUGAGGGGUGAUGAGGCCGCGGAGGCGGCUAUUUUGUAUGUGAGGGGGAGUCAGGACAGUGUAACGCCUCCGUUGCGGUGUGAUGAGGACGGCUGGAUCCCGGGACGUAUUGGUGAAUGUCCACCGAGGCUGCUGCCGUGGCAAGGGCCGUUGCAGAACCCUGAAACCUUGGAGUCAUUAUCUUGA